CUCAGCCACAAACACGUUUAAUCGUUUAUCUGUUCUCACACAUGCAAUGUGUAGAAGUAGAGCUGAUGAGGAUGACUCAUGACUGGCUCCUUGAUGGCAGGGGGAGGAGGAGGAAGGAAAGAAACUGGACUGUGACUUUUUGCAGUUUCUUUUUCUGUCUAUUGUAUUUAGUGGCUCUGGCAGGGGUACUUGUUUCUGUUAGUUGUUUUGGUGCAGUCCAGCGUAAAUGUGGUAAUGAUAUAUACUGCAUUUUGAACAUUGGAGGUGAUGUGAUCCUGGCUUUGCUUUGUCUUGUACUUUUGGUUAUAUCACUAUUCCAAAUAAUGCAUGGAGUAUGGAGUACCUGCACUUUGUUGCUACAGUUUCUGGUACUGAUUUUUGGACUGUUACUAGCUAUAGUUCUGCUUGCAUACUUAAUAGCAUGUAGCACAGGCAAAAAAUCAUGUGUUCCCAAAGAUAAUGAUGGCAGUUACAUUUAUAUGUCACAGGGUGCUCUGUCAGUGUGCUUCUGUGCACUCUUUGCAUCACUGGCUAUGCAGACACUCCUCCUGUGUUGCUGUAGGAAAAGGACUCGCUCAACAAGUCAAGAACUAGACGAUAAUAACUGGAUUGAUAAUGAUCGCAUCAUGAAAAGGAAGAAGUAUGCUGAUUUUGAUUGAACUUUUGCUGCCUUGAUUCUUUUUUGAAGAAACAGAUUCUUCCUCAUACAUGUCAUAAUGUGUACAAUUUAACUUAGUUUAUACACAAUUGCUAUUUUUGGUAUAAAACUUUCGUCUUUUUGACUAUAAACAGAGUCAAAAUAAUAAUAAUAAUAAAUAUAAUAAUGGUGUUUAUCAUAAUAUAAUUCACACUAUCUA